AUGCACGACACUGUUGCAACCAACACUCGCCUCAUGAAUUCUGGCAUGGCGUACUGGACAUCUGAAAACACUAUCCCGGCUGGACCGCAAAACGCCCCUCCAUCUCAACAGCAGACACGCAGAAAGGGUAGAUUGGCACGACUUUGUAACUUCCUGCGUCUUGACAGCAACUCCAAUGAUCAUGCUCGUUCCUGUGGGUGCAUUCGAUGCCUGCAGGUCCGCGGUCAACUCAACAUUCAAGUCUUUCAAGAACCUCAACCUUCUUUUAGUCCAGGCACACCUCGUCGUGCUCCAACCCCUCCAAGACGCAGAAACUCAAGUCCACAGAUCUCGAGAACUAGUCACAUGCCACAAAGACCUAUGGCAAAACGUUAUCAGACUGAGAUGCCGGCUCUUUCUUCUGUACGUUCUCUGACUCCUCCUGAUCUUCCAAGCUACAUCCUACCUCAGCCUAUCCGCGAUCCAAUUCGUAGAAAGCCGCUACCUCCUGGUGUUUCAACCUUUGUCUCCGCUCAGCCACUUGUUCAAUCUCCUGCGGUGCCCCAACCCUCUGAUCCUGUCUCGCCCAUCUCACCUUCAGCUUUGAAUUUUGACUAUAACAGCGCCCCAAUCAGCCCGAUCUCUAUGACUGCUACUGAACCCGACUUUGAUCAGGCCAGAAUCAAUCGCAUGAGCACUUACUCGUACCUAGAUGGAUAUACUGACCUUUCCGCCUUUGCUACCACGCCCUACGCUGAUACCUUUGCCGCUGCUGGAAGUGCUGCUCCUGCUGCUCUUACAAAAGAGUCUUCCACCACCGUCAACGGUACCGCCAUGAAAGGUUUCAUAUUGAGAACUGCUACACCCGUCUCCUUCCAAAAAGCAAAACCUAUCAAACUUUCCGGUCCUGUGAGGAAGACUUCUGUCACCCGUACUGAACGUCCCGAGCUGACAUUGCAAAUUAGAUCGGUUCCCGUCAGUCAACCCGAGAUCAUUCGUCGUCCCAGCAUCAAUUCGCUUGACUGUGUCGCUGGCUCUGAGAGUGAGCGCUCAUCGAGCAACGUUUCGAUCGCCGGUGCUUUUGAAGAAUCUUCCGACAAUGGCUCGCUAGGCACGCAUGCACGAAUUCUCAAGAGAGUUCUGGUUGAAUCGUUGGAGGCUAGAUCUCUUGUUAGAGAUCCGUUUGUUCCCAAGUAA